AUGCGGCUAGUGUGUGCAACAGCAGAUCAGGUUAUCCCGGCUCCUGCAGAUGCUUCACGGGACACUGAAGACGAGGACAAGGUCAUGUCAGUCUCCGUGGCAACAGACUCAUACCCGUCCAUCGACAGGCCGGUGGUCUCUGUGACCCCGGCCGGUAGCAAUGUCACCAAGUGGGAGCGUGACGCCUUGUUGGCGGUGGCUGAGGUGGUGGUGCUGGCGGUGAUCUUGGUGAUGGCAUUGCUUAGCAACGGGCUGGUUCUGGCGGUUUUGCUAAGACGGAGACGACACAACAACCCGCUGCACCAGUUCAUGCUUAACCUUUGUCUGGCUGACCUGGUGGUGGCGCUGUUCCAGGUGUUGCCCCAGCUGGUUUGGGACGCCAGGGGUCGCUUUCCUGGCCCAGACUUCCUGUGUCGCCUGGUGAAGUACCUGCAGGUCCUCGGGAUGUUUGCCUCCUCCUACAUGAUCGUGGCCAUGACGAUGGACCGGUACUACGCCAUCUGCUGCCCCCUGCAGGCGCAUCGCAGUGGGACCACCCAGCGACGAAACUCCUUCAUACUGCUGGCCUGGGGGCUGUCGCUGCUGCUCAGCCUGCCACAGGUUUUCAUCUUUUCGCGUUCAGAAGUGGCUCCAGGAGUUUAUGAAUGUUGGGGAAACUUUGCUGAGUCCUGGGGCCUCAAGGCCUACGUGACCUGGAUGACCGUGGCCAUCUUCAUCCUCCCUGUCCUCAUCAUCACUGUCUGCCAGGUGCAGAUCUUCAGGGAGAUCCACAACAAUCUGUACCUGAAGUCAUUGCGCCGCCUGUCUUCGCUCCCUCCAUCCAGACGGGACAGUCAGAGAGGAGGAGGAGGAGGAGGAGGAGGAGGAGGCAGCAGAGGAAGGUCCAGUGUCUCCUUGUAUGCUUCACCGCUCAUCUUCAACAACCCCGGGACGGACACCAGCUUUGAUCCUGGAUCCACCUACCAGCACCUUCCUAUGGGUCCGCUCAGGUCCGACAGCAUCGCUUCACACUCUCCGUCGGCCGUCUGCCCCCCUCCUCGGGUCAAAGCCCCCCCGGCCCGUGGAGGAGAGGUGACGGCAGCCAUGUCGAAGACGGUGAGGAUGACUCUGGUCAUAGUGCUCGUCUACUCGCUCUGCUGGGCCCCGUUCUUCAGCACCCAGCUGUGGGCCGCCUGGGAUCCCAACCCACCCAAGAAUGGUGCAGUGUUCACCCUGCUGAUGCUGUUGGCCAGUCUGAACUCGUGCACCAACCCUUGGAUCUACUCGGCCUUCUCCAGCAGCGUCUCCCUGGAGCUCCGCUUGCUGCUGCUCUGCCGCGCACACACACACCGCCGAGGCUCCUUACCCAACGACUCCACCAGCACACACAACUCCAACUACUGA